ACAAAGGACAAUCAAGUGAUGGAUGGAGAUGGAAGUAUGGAACAGACACACACCCACAGACCCAAAAGGAUAAAAGAAAGACCAAAAUGGGACAAUAAGACUCAAUAUUUGCUGUCGUGCAUUGGUUUUGCUGUGGGACUGGGAAAUGUGUGGAGAUUUUCAUAUUUGUGUCAAACCUAUGGUGGAGGUGCGUUUCUGAUUCCUUAUCUCUUCGCCUUGGUGUUUGAGGGUCUUCCUCUGCUGCACAUGGAAUUGGCCAUUGGACAACGGCUCCGCACUGGAAGCAUCGGAGUGUGGAAUUCUAUCUCCCCAUAUCUAGGAGGUUUAGGAGUGGCUUCCUUGAUGGUGUCCUUCCUAGUUGGCCUGUUCUACAACAUGAUCCUGGCCUGGAUCCUCUGGUACUUCUUCCACUCUUUUCAAAGUCCACUUCCCUGGAGAGACUGUCCCGUAAACCUAAACCGUACUGGUUAUGUGAGUGAAUGUGAAAAGAGUUCACCUGUGAACUAUUUUUGGUAUCAUACGACGCUGAACAUCACACCAAACAUCGAGACAAGCGGGUCCUUGCAGUGGUGGCUCGUGCUGUGUCUCGCAUCUGCUUGGUGUAUUGUUUACAUCUGCUUCAUUCGAGGGAUCGAGACCAUUGGAAAGGCCAUUUAUAUCACCGCUACAUUCCCGUAUGUUGUUUUAACCAUCUUCCUGAUCAGAGCCUUGACUCUGCCUGGAGCAGCUGACGGUUUAGUGCAUCUGUUCACUCCAAAUUGGGAAACGCUGAAGAAUCCUAACGUUUGGUUGGAUGCUGCCACUCAGAUCUUUUUCUCUUUGUCGUUGGCCUUUGGGGGACUUAUAGCGUUUUCCAGUUAUAACCCUCAAAAGAAUAAUUGUGAAACAGACGCUCUGAUUGUUGGGUGUGUCAACAGUUUCACCUCCAUAUACGCAUCAAUUCCUGUUUUUGCUAUUCUUGGAUUUAAAGCAAAUGCGAACUACAUUGAGUGCCAGAAAAUAAACAUCCUUAAAUUGACAAACGAGUUUAACAUUGGGGAUGAAAACAUAACUCUUGAAAAUUAUGAUGACUGGCUGAACCAUCUAAAUGCAACUGAUCCUUCAGAGGUCCAACAUCUAAAUCUCAUGACUUGUGACCUACAGACUUUCCUAGACCAGAGUGCCUCCGGCACUGGGCUGGCAUUCAUUCUGUUCACUGAGGUCGUGAUAAACAUGCCAGGCUCCCAGGUGUGGGCAGUACUCUUCUUUGUCAUGCUGUUCAGCUUGGGCCUCUCAUCUAUGUUUGGGACACUAGAGGGAGUCCUCACACCUCUGCUUGACCUGCACAUGGUACCAGCCUGGCUUCCUAAAGAGAUUUUAACAGGGUUGAUGUGCCUGACUUCCUUUACUUUGGCCCUGAUCUUUACUCUGGGUUCUGGAAAUUACUGGUUAGAAAUCUUCAACAUCUACGUGGGAUCAAUACCUCUGCUUAUCAUCGCCUUCUUUGAGAUGAUCAGUGUGGCUUACAUCUAUGGAAUCAACAGGUUUAAUGAUGACAUUGAAUUCAUGACGGGACAGAGACCGAACAUCUUCUGGCAGGCCACUUGGCGCUUCAUCAGCCCUUUCAUGCUUCUGGUGGUUUUUGUGGGAUACGUUGUGAUUGAGGCUGAAAACCGACCAACGUAUAACACCUGGAAUCCGGACUAUGAGUACUUCCCACUAGCUGAUGCCCUGAAUUAUCCCCAGUGGGUUUUUGCCAUCUGUGUGCUUUUAUCUGUCCUCCCCGUGGUCUCUAUUCCUUCUGUGGCGCUCUACAGAUUCACUCAUUUCAUCAAGAAGCACAUCACGGACCGACACAAUCAAAACCCCUACGAAAUGGAUUUUUAUGAUUGAGAUUUAUAAAGCAGUAAGUAAAAAUAUUCAUUUUGUCAAAGUGGUUGUCAUUGUUAUCUGUACAUGGGAUGAAACUUUCAAUUUCAUACAUUUUGAGCACUUUUAAUUUAAUAUAUAUAUUUUUUAAACUGACAAAGAUGAAUGGUGAGCCUGAUGGUGAUAUAGCCAG